CGAAAUCGUAAUCCAGAUCCUGAAUACGUCUGAUGACUCCUCUUCCAUCGAAGCCGAUCGCGACGGCGGCCGGAAUGGUCCGCAGACGAUUGGUGGCGUCGGCGCGCACUAGGGGAGGCGGAGGGGAGGGUGCAGGGCGGUGGACCAGCCCUGGGACGGAGGAACGGCCCAAGGGUUACCUCUUCAAUCGGCCGCCGCUGCCCCCGGGCGAGUCGAGGAAGUGGGAGGACUGGGAGCUACCGUGCUACAUCACUUCCUUCCUCACCAUCGUCAUCCUUGGAGUCGGCCUCAACGCGAAGCCCGAUCUCACCCUUGAGACCUGGGCUCACCAGAAGGCCCUCGAGCGCCUCCGGCAACAGGAAGAAGCCGCCGCCGCCGCUGCCGAUUCGGAGUGAUCCUUAGGUUUUACUUUCUAUUUUCCUGGUAAAUGUUUCACCUUGGAUCUCGUCUUUUGUUUCCUUUGCCGAGAUUCGAACUAUUUGGACCUUAGGGUUGAAUAAGAUAAAGUGAUCAUACAUUUUGACUCGGUUCUUGCUGAGUGCUGCGAAGUAUGAGCUUGGGAACUCAUAAUCUGUACUUUUCGAUGCUAUGACUUAGCUUCGUUAAUUGAAUAUCGUUACAACUUUGGCAUGAA